CCUCUAUUUCUAGAUGAUUGGAGCAAAGAUUAGAAAGAGCGGUGGCGCUGACCCCGAUGACUUUGAGAAGCAAAUCGGGCAAGCUCUUUUGGAGCUGGAAAUGAAUUCCGAUAUGAAACAACAAUUACGGGAACUUCACAUUACUCGUGCCCGUGAAAUUGAAUUUGGAACGAAAAAGGCAAUUGUUAUUUACGUUCCAGUUCCUAAGCAAAAGGCUUUCCAGAAAGUUCAGAUUCGUCUUGUGCGCGAGUUAGAGAAGAAAUUCUCAGGACGUCAUGUCGUAUUCUGUGCUGAACGAAAGAUUCUGCCAAAACCACGUCGUGGUCGUCCAGAUCCAAAUAAACAAAAGCGUCCACGUAGCCGGACAUUGACCGCUGUUUAUGAUAACAUCCUUGACGAUCUCGUAUUCCCUGCUGAGAUUGUUGGAAAACGUAUUCGUGUGAAGUUGGAUGGCUCGCAACUAAUUAAAGUGCAUUUGGAUAAGAACCAACAGACCACAAUUGAACACAAAGUGGACACAUUCACAGCCGUCUACAAAAAACUCACUGGUCGCGACGUUACUUUUGAAUUCCCAGAACCUUAUUUGUAAAUGGUUUAUUCGAAGACUCGAUGAAAGCUGGAUAACAUCUUCAGUCGCUAUUCUUGUAUAAGAUGGGAAAUAUUAAAAUAAAAAACCCCCAUGAUAAAAAAUGGAAAGUUUUGCUAUUUGUUUUGUUUUGAAUAGUUAAUUACAGAUGUUCGGUGCUUAAUAACAUUCAAGCCUAGGUAGUUAACGUUUUAUAUGUCGAUGA